CUUGAUGCCUUAUUUUGGCAUAAUCUAAGUUUCUUAUUAUUGGUCGUUUUCCAGAUUAGCGAUAACGGCAGAUAUUACUGUAAUGUGCUGGAAGGAAGUCACGAGGUUCUGGAUAAAUGUUCAGUAGAUCUCUACGUUUAUGAGACUGUUGGAGAAUACGCUCUUGGCUGGUCUGGCAUCAUUGAGCAAGUUGCUCCAGUCAAAGAGCUGCUGCUGGAUGUCGAUGGAAAUGAGAGCUGGGCGAAAACUGUUAGUUGA